AUGAUGUUUAACAAGACGGACGAUGAUGAACCUGUCGUGAGGCCUUUUGCGACGGGUACGGGUUUACUAGAGCGUUGCGUGUUUGGGCUGAGGUAUCUCCAGAGACAUCUCAGUAGUGGUUGGAUUAGUAUGAAGACCCGAUGCCGCCAUCGAGUUUAG